AAAACACUAACAGCUCAAGUGAGUAAGGAAGUUAGUCUUUGUGUGGACCGGAAGCAGGGGGUGGUUUUAAAUGCCUCCUCCCAGGCAAGGGCAGCAUUUGGGCUGCAACAGGCUAGUCCUCACACUCAGCAUCUGUCUCUCGGUGCUGCUUUGUCCUACUUUUUUAAUGAUGGCCAGGCUGCGACUUCUGUUACUGCUGGGGAUGCUUCUGAGGGUGACAGUCUGCAGUGUAAGCAAUACAACUCAGUGUGAGAAGGGUGAAUUCAAACAUGAGAACCUCUACUGCCAAUGCUGUUCUCCUGGCACUUACCUCAUUAAACCAUGCCAGAAGAACCAUGGUACGAGUGAAUGUGCUCCAUGUGAUUCUAAACACUUCAUAGACCACAAAAACAGGGAGGCUCAAUGCAGCCUCUGCUCUGUGUGCCGGGAUGACCAAGAGGAAGUUGUCAAAUGCUCUGAUACGACUGAUCGUGUGUGCCAGUGUAAGCAGGGCACCUACUGUAACUCCGAAAACUGCUUGGAGAAGUGCUAUACAUGCAGCAGCUGUCCUAACGGCAGAGUCCUCAGGAAAUGCAAUGCCACAAUGGACACUGUGUGUGACACGGAUGACUCAGAGCCAGCACCGUCAGGCUCUCAAUGUUUCUGCUUCCCUAAACCUCUGAAUAUUGUGGUUAUCGUAGCUGCUUUCAUUAUCAUCAUUGCCGCUGUCAUCACUGUCUUUGUCAUCAUGUACAAAAUCAUUACUCGUAGAAGAGAUAAAACAGCCCUAAAUAGUGUCAACAGCAGCCCCACAGGUUCUGGAAACACUGGUAAGAGUUUGCUGUGCAUUCAAGACAUUUUCUCUCCCUUGAGGAAGCCACUGCACCAAUAAGUCUAAAUUCACCAUAUGUAUCCUUUUUCUGAUUUCAGGAGAGAAAAUUCAGCUCUGUAAGUAGUGUGCUGGGAAUUGGGGGGUGGGGCGUGUCAGCGUCUCAUAUAUUCAUGAGGUUCUCCCCCUGCCCCAUUUGUAAGUUUGUGCAGUAGUUGGAUCCCUUGGCACUGGAGUUACUGAGCCACCCUGUGGAUGCUGGGAACUGAGCCCAGGCCAGGAUCCCUGGAUAAGUAGCCAGUGCUCUUAACCCUGAGCCUGACCAAAAGCCCCAGUUCUCCUUCCUUCACUUUAAGUACUACUACAUCUAGUUUCCCAGUCAUUGUGGGUACUAUGUCUGUAGUCUUUUCCUAGAAAUGUACGAUGGUGGCUUCUCACCCUCCCAUUGCUGAGAGCUCAGGUCUUGUUGGGGUGGCAAUGCAGUUCUAGAAAGCCAGAGGUGCAGCAGCUCAGGCCUCCCCACCUGCAUCAUGCAGUUUAAUUUGAGCUAUGGUGUUUGUGUUCUCUUUAUGAGAGCUGAAGUCUGCUCUGAGAAUAGACAGAGUAGAAAUUGAGGCACAGAAAAUCAAGGGGAUAUGUGUUAUCUUUAUAAAGAAUGCCUUAAGAGGUCACAACAAAUGACUGCAACGUGGGCGUCAGCUCAUUAAGGAUGUACUGUCUCAUUCUGAUAGCUGGAAGUCUAAACCUAAGGUGUGACUUGAACUAGGUCUCUCAGUGGAUGUGGGUCCCUCCUGUGUUUCCACCUACUGGGAAAUGUCAGUCCUUAGCUUGAGGUGGCUUAAACUAGUGUGACACCAUCUUCAGAUGGCCCUCUCCUUGCCUGACUAGUCCUUGGAGUAUGUCCUCACCUAUAAAAAAUCUAUCCAACUAAGAUCUUAGUUGCAGACAACAGGUCAGGACAUGGGUUUAUCUUUUGGAAACCAUAGAUUACCCCAGGGUAGGCUUGUCCUUAGAUCUAUCUGGUCAGGUUCUGAUGUCAUAUGGUAUAUAUCUCCCUGGUGGGCCCUCCAAUUCAUGGCAUCUCAUCUUCUCAACAUGCCUUGGGUGGAGCUAACCUCCUUGCCAGGCAUUGCCCUGAAUGCUGGAGGCCUCAUUAGGGUAAGGAAGGGCAAGGUCAACCUCUAUAUUCACCCUGAGCCUCUGGCCUUCCUAGAAGAGACCAGAAGUUCAUCCCAAAAGGAAGACUGAAACCAUGUCAGGCUUGGCUUCUUUCUGCCCCCUGAGUAAUAGAUGCAUAGUAGUUUAAUGACAGUCUUGAUUGGCCCUGUCCCAACCUGGGUCUCCUGACCACUGAGGAUUACUUGGGGACACAAAGAGCCUCUUGUACCUUGAGAAGCAAAAUCACAGAAACACUGCAGCUUUCCUCCAGAACAUUCAGAGAUGUUGAUAGACUCUUGGGUGUGUGUAUGUGUAUGUGUGCACUUGUGCAUAUUUUUUCCAGCCUCCACUAUGCUAUGAAGUUUUGGAAAGUAAGCAGAUGGCAUUCCUGAAGCUCACCGGAUUUAAGGAAGUUGGGAUUCCUGAGCAUGCAAGUUGAGGAAGCAAUGAACAAUGGCAAGCUCAACAUUAUUGUUUUCUAAACUUGAGACUGACCUUGCAGGAAUGUAUUUGCAAACUGGCAACUUAGCUGCUAAAAAUUGUGUUUGCUUUGCCCUCAAGCUAGAGUCAAGUGUCCUUUGGUACAGGACUGAAGCAUUCCAAAUAGCCCAGCUAAAUUUGGAGCUGACAUUCAUCCCAUUGUAUACCCUGUGGACCCCCGUUGUGUGAUGUCCCUUCUCUCUUGUGAAGCUCAGCAGUUCUAUAUGCAGCCAGAGGGCUUCUCUCCUUGAGGCCUGCCAUAGUUGGCCUCAAAGAUAGGAGGUUUUGUACUGUGAACUUGGUUGUUUUUGUUUUUUGUGAAUUUGUAAACUAGAGCCAGUUUGGGCUCACAGUGCUUGGAACGUCUUCCUAGAAGCCAAGGA